UUUUAUAAUAGCGAAUAUGGGGAGAGAAUUUGAAUCUAUGAUCUUCGGUCUUAACCACUAGAGAACUAGGCGAAGACCUCAUUACUCGUAAUUUCAUUAUCAAAUAGGCAAAUAGUGACAUAUCGUAUAUUCAUUUGAGUAAUCGAGUUUUCUGAACAUGGCGUGAUAGUUGAGAAGUCUUUUAGAGGAAAUUAAAAGGUGGGUCAAAUUGGGCUUUUGGGCCUUUGGAUUUGAUUGUUCCAUCUAUAUGCCGAUUUCCUUUGGAUUUUCAAUACUUAUAUUAUGAAUAAUUUCACAAAAAGUUAACUUGGACAAAAAUUCCAAUAGUUUGAAUGUUAUCUAAGAAAAUUAUAUACGGAGAUACAAUUUAUGAUGAGUUGAUGAUUUAGAAGUGAAAAUAUUUUAUGUAAUACUACUUGCAAAUUUGUGUCCAUCAAAGAGUUUUACUGGUAGUGUCGAGAAUUUGGUGUGAAUAUAUAAAAUGUCUACAUUACCUUUAUUGGAAAAAUUACUUUAAAUAAUCCAAUCUUUUGACGAUUUUCCUAUAAUAAUUCAACCUUUAGAUUAUUAUUUAAUAACCAACCUUUAUACCAUAUUAAUUUUUAUUGCACUCAACCGGUCACUAACCCAAUAUAACAGGUAACAUGUACAUGUGUCAGGAAUCCAUUCAAUUUUUAAAUUUUUAAAAUAUUUUUUUCUUUUUCUUUUUCCUUCAUAUUUCUGAUUUUUCUUUGUUCAUCUCGUUCCUCUUCACUCAUGCCUGUAAUUUUUGCUCUAGUCGAGAGUUUAGCCUUCCUCCCCACUCUCUUUCUCUCCCCACCACCACCACCACCACCACCAUAUAAAAUCACUGCCUUCCUCCGCUCUUCCACCACCCCCCUCCAAUACCACCACGCUCAUCUCCUUUCCCAUUUCCUCCAUCCCGUAACUCAUCGUCACUUUCUCCUCUCACUAUAUAUCACUCAACUAAUUAAAGCACUCAAUAGCCAAAAAUUGUAAUACGAAUUCACGCACAUUCCCCAUUUUCUCUCUCCUUUGGUGCACCGCCACACUAGUUAACCACCUCGACUUCACCUUAUGCAAGCCCAUGCCAUUUUCUACUCCUUAGUUUGUUUCGUGCCUCAUAAAGUAUGGGUCUUCAAACCCAUUAAUGUACACAUAAAUUCAAAUAUCAACCUUUACUUUCUUUUCAUAUAUUUUUUUUAAAGAUAAAUAAAUAAAAAAUAAAAAGCUGACUUUUUAGCCGGUCACUUAGGGGCAAUAAAAGUUAAUGGGCUGCAAAUGUUAGAUUAUUAAAUAAUAAUCUAAAUGUUGGAUUAUUAACGAAAAAUCGUCGAAAGAUUGAAUUAUUUAAAACAAUUUCUCCACCUUUAUUUACUAAAAUUUUAAUUAUUUAGUGUCAUAAGGAGUUUGAAUAAUUUCUUAGCAUGAAACGUAAGACACGCUAUCCUGUACAUGGUACUAAUAAAAUAAUGAGGUAACUCAUCAUGAUCAUCUAACUAAAAGGUGUUGACUUUUUUAGUGACAAUGUUGAGGACCUUGCACGGCAAAGCUAUACCAACAAGGUCAAUAUCUUUAAAAUUUGUGGGAAAUUAAUGAUCUCUAGCUAGUUCACUUGAUCAUUUUUCCCUAUCGAUCUCAUAAUAUUAAAGGUUAUGUUUUUUGGAUGGUGAAAUGUCUACUUGCUAUUUGCUAGUUCACGGAUUCGUCCCUGAAAACGACGUCUUUAUUAAAAUAACAGUAAGGUUGUGUAUAUGUAGACUUUCCCCUACCAGGCGCCAAAUAACACCUUGUGGACUAGGUACAAGUUUUAUUCGAUCUCUCAUAUCCUAGUUAUUAAAAAAAAGGUAAAAAAGAAAAGAAAAUGGUGCAAAUACUACCUUAUCUUUUUAAGAGAUGCAAGGAUGAUCCGUUUAUCUUGGACCCUGGCAGAAAUUUGGCCCAAAUGUUACUUUAGCAGGCGGGGAUGCAUUUGAGAUAUCAGUGGACCUUGAGGAUGUUGAUGGUCUUGUGUCAAUCAAAGGGAUUGUAUCGUCAGGUUAUGGAAUUGAUCAUCAUCAAGGUGGUUGGUUUAAUCGGCUCUUGUGUUCUGUUAUUAAAGGUAAGCAUGAACUUAGUUUUGCUGCUGUUCAUUACACAGUCAUAGCUUAUGCUAUAAAGGUUACGUUAAAAGUUCAGUUGUUCUUCAAAGGUGGGCAUGAACAUUAUUCUAAUGAAAUUAGCAGAAUUCAUGGGAGUCUGGUUGCGGCAGAGAUUGCAAACAUGGAAUCACUGAAACACUUUAACAACAACUUCAAGGACACCAUCCCUCCAGAGGUUGAGGAGCAUAGCCAGCUGUCUAAGUGCAGUUUAUAUCCAACAGAAAAUUUGGCCAAAGCACAUCCGCACUGAUCAUGAUAUGUAGUGAGACAGCAGGGAACAUGAUAAUACUGAGAAGAACUACAAAAAUCACGCAUAAGGCACUGGCAACCAUUGCUCUCUCUGCCAAGUGGCAUGUUUGUGCAACGAUCCACUCCUUUGUCACCUCUAAGACCGAAUUACUAGAAACCCACAACAUCCCUCAUGCAGGGGUGUUUGAUCCUAAGAGCUUAUUUUCAGACUCAGAUGAUCUCAGAUAUGACGAAGAAGCUGUCGAUAACACCAAGUUUCUCCCAGCUUACACCUGUGGUACAAUAUCCUUCCAGAAACGACAUGCUCUCACUUUGUCAACAGUCAGGAAUGGUGAAAGGGGUGCAAAUGGCUAAUUGGGUUGAUGAUGGAAUUGGGGCCUUUGAUGUGGUAUAUGUUGCAUGUACACUGUUGGAAAUGCUCAAUCAGUUGAAGAUGGAUGAAUGCAGGGGUCUUAGAAAUGUGCAAUGGUUUAUGCAUAAUUUAGUGGCCCAUCUUCCUGCUGCGAUCAGUUUGUAAGAGUAGGAUACUUAGUUUUGUUUUGAGAUUUUCUGUGAUGGUCUAUGUACUGUGCAUUUUUUCGCGUGAGCAGAGAACAUCAAACUGUAAUAAGGUCGUGAAUGUGCAUUUGUUUCUGGAUACGAGUCUGCUUGGUCAAUCUUUUCCAUUGUGCUUUUACACUUUGAUAGCAUGCAUUUCA